AUGUUUAAGCCAAAUGGACUUAGUUUACUGUGUCUCCUUAGUCUUCAUCAGGUUGCUUGCCUUCUUGAAGAUAAUGGACCUUUGGAGAACAAAGUAUUUUAUGUUGAAGAGGGUAAAGUGGGAUCACAUUAUUUAUACAGGUUUAAAUUUCAACCCCCUACCUACAGUGUGAGGCUGACCGGUGAAACAAGUUAUCUCAUAGAGAUCACACCACAUGAUGGAGUCCUGAUUGUCAAGGGGCCUCUAAACUGGGAAAUAAAACCACAAUAUAGAUUACAGUUGGAAGGUCUAAAUCAAAAUGGUAAUAGGGUGCAAGGACCCUAUUCUGUCAUCAUAAAUGUUGUGGAUAUCAAUGACAAUGCACCCCAAUUUAAUCAAUCAGUCUACUCUGGCGAAGUUAGACAACACUCCCUACCAGGAAAGCCUUUCAUGUAUGUUGCUGCUUUUGAUCUCGAUGAUCCCAACACCUUACAUUCAAAGCUCAGCUAUAGUAUCCUUCAACAAUUCCCCAGCCUUGCGGGCACUGAGAUGUAUUUUCAGAUUGACAAUGUUACAGGAGCAAUUUCUACAACUCUUGCUGGAACAAAAUUCUUAGAUCCAGCAGUACAGAAUACAUUUAUCCUCGCAGUGACAGUAAAUGACAUGGCAGGACAGCUAAAUUCUUUUGCCACCAAUACUGAUGUGAAGGUCACUGUGUUGAAAAACUUUUGGAAAUCUCCUCCAGUAAUAUUGCUCCAGGAAAACUCGACAAAGCCACACCCCAUGAAAAUCACUCAAGUACAAUGGAAUGAUCCACAUGCAACAUAUGAACUUCAAAGCAAAGACAAGUCUUCUAUUGAACUCCCAUUUAUAGUUGAUCACAAUGGAACAGUUUAUGUAACUAAACCGUUAGACAGAGAAGAGAAAGACUAUUAUUCAUUCUAUAUCUUUGCAAAUGAUGAAGAAGGAGACAAGCUGGCCUACCCAAUCACUAUUUCAGUCCAAGUUGUAGACAUCAAUGACAACCCCCCUGUGUGUGACAAAGCUUUGUCUAAAUUUGAAGUUCAAGAAAAUGAGGGCGUAGGGAAUUUAAUAGGAAUUGUCCUUGCCUCAGACAACGAUGAGAAAGGGUCUCUUAAUUCUCGCCUGCAGUUCACCCUUGUGGACCAGAACCCCAAAAUCCCACGAGACAAUCUCUUCCGCAUCGAAUUGAGAACUGGGUCAGUCCACCUGUUCAGAUUGGGAUUAAACAGACAAGUGGCCACAACUUACAUGUUGAAGGUGAAUGUGACAGAUUCAGUUUUCUCAACUAUAUGUAAUGUGCAAAUUCAAGUCAUUGACAUCAAUGAUAAGAUCCCAAUAUUUGAAAAACCAGAUUAUGGCACUGUGAUUAUUGCAGAAGAUCAGGCAAAAGGAUCUCUUAUAUUUAAAAUUCAAGCCACAGAUGCUGAUGAUCCAUCCACUGGAAGCUCUCAGAUUAUUUACACCAUCACAAAGGGUGACCCAAAUAAUACGUUUACAAUACUGACUGAUCCAGAUACAAAUAUAGGAGCUAUUAUAAUUAACAAGGGUCUUGAUUUUGAGACAAAAUCAGUGUAUAGCCUUACAAUCAAUGCUACCAAUCCUGAACCUCUCGUGACUGGAAUAAACUAUAAUUCAAGUUCAUCUACUUUCUUACGGGUCCAUGUUACUGAUGUGGAUGAACCACCAGUUUUCCACUAUUCCAACUACCAAGUUAUACUAGAUGAAAAUGCGAAAAUUGGUACCAAUGUGACAACUGUAAAAGCUUUUGAUCCUGAAGGAUCCCCAGUAAGGUACUUUCUGAGGAAAACUGACCCAAAAUGGCUGGAGAUUGAUUCUGUCAAUGGCCAUAUAUAUACAGUUGCCCGAUUGGAUUAUGAACUUUUCCAUGCCUACAUAGUAGAAAUUGUUGCAACUGAUGAAAGCAGACCAUAUAAAAGCAGUGUUGCACAGCUGAUAUUGCAUCUCAAAGAUAUCAAUGAUAAUGCUCCAUAUUUAGUAAAUGAGUCUGUGUUCUUGUGCCACCCACUCCAAAAAGACCAGAGUGCAAAAUUUGAAGUUGCUGAUCCAGAUUCAGUAUCUCAAAACUUAAAAUACUUCCUCACUGGUGGAUAUGACAACUGGUACAUUUCUAAAAUAGAUGGCAAUCAAGGUUACAUUUCCCCAAAGAAUUUGAAUCUGGAAAAAAAGGUCUAUCAUGUACCACUGCAAAUUAAUGACGGGGGAAAUCCAUUACUUGUAGCUGAUGUCGAUCUGAAAGUGAAUGUGUGCAAGUGUACCAAUGACAGAUGUUAUAUUGAAAUCGACAAUCCAAAUCCAUUUCCAACAGUAGGAGCAACAAUUGGCAUACUGGUUGCUGUUCUGCUUGUUAUUGGUGUCAUUUUGGGACUAGUGUUUUUACAUCUCAAGAAGAAAAAGAAGAAUGAGCAAAACGUUGCAGCUGUUGCUAUCAGGCCCUCUGAACUUCAUGCCUUGAAUUAA